AUUACCGUGUGCGGUACGUUGUCUACUCCAACCUCCCAACCAAUUUGGCGAAUCGUGUUUUGGCUUUCGAAGCGCAACGAGUGCUGUUCACUUGUGACUCCGAGGCAAAUUAACGUAUUAAAAAGAAAAAUAAAAGUUUAAACAAAAGUAAUUCCGCCUGGAAAUUGGAAAUCACUGUUGCUGCCACAACAACGUCGUUGUGGAAUUGAUAACAGUGCAAUAGAAAUCGCAGAAACACAUAAAUCGCCAACCAUUAACGCAUACGACGUCGACGCGCGUUAUUUUUUUUUUUUUGUUUCUGGCAUCUACGUCGCGUUAAAUCAAUCAACAGCACUCCACAUUACUUUUAAACACACACACUGUGAGAGACACCUGUAGAGCAACGAUAUGGACUCUUACUUAACAGAAAUCAAACAAUUGCGGAUACCGCGCCCGAAAUUUGAACCCAACGGCAGUCCGCCAAACAACUGGCACCGAAUGGUGCGGCCAUAUACGCCGCCGCGCGACUAUCACUUGCCAACCAAUGAGAUAAUCACCACCGCAAGCGCAUUGCAUCCGAAUCGGAGUUACCAGGGUGGCGCGGAGGAGUUCCGACCAACGUUGCACGAGAAAAUGUAAGCGGCUUUGCACAGCGCGCCGCACCAGCGCUGCUAACGACGGCCAUUACAACCAUACGCAAGCUUAGUGCCGCAAUCUUGAUGCUUUCCAUUGGUGUAAUUAAUGAAAUCCAUUUGGUGAAUGGCAAGGGUGUCAAGUGUCAGUGUAGAAAAGAAAGAAAAGGUUGAAGUAAACGUAGUUGGUAAGCGGUAGCAGCGCAGGGCAUGUGCGGCUGAGUGCAGUGAGCGAUUCAAAGUGAUGAGGAUAAUGAGCAGAAUUAAUUUUACGCACGCUAUUAUUACGCUAUAUAUAUUAAUAUAUAUCUAUUUACGAAAUACAUACAUAUAUGUUAGCUUACAUAUAUAUAUGCAUAUAUUACAAACGAACUAGGACCCUAUGUCUUUAAUGUAGUUUAAGCAGUUAAGUGAAUUUAAGGAUUUCACCAACAGCUGGUGAACACAAUAUUUUUGAUUUGUAUAUUUACGGUAAUUUGUGAAUAUUGACGCAAUAAAAUUGUUGAUUUUAUUUGUAAAGAAAA